GUAACCACAACGACACCCCUUCGCCCGCCAUGGCUCUCGUGCAGACUGACCCCGAUGCGUACACUAUCAAGCCACAGGCUACCGCUCCCCCGAUCGACACCAGCGACUGGCCGCUGCUGCUGAAAAACUACAGCGACUUGCUCGUCCGCACCGCCCACUUCACUCCAAUCCCUCAGGGAUGCCAGCCUCAUGCGCGCGAUUUAAAAUCAUACGUUAGCUCCGGUGUGAUCAACCUCGACAAGCCGUCCAACCCCUCUAGCCAUGAAGUCGUGGCCUGGAUUAAGCGCAUACUGAGGGUCGACAAAACCGGCCACAGUGGCACGCUCGACCCCAAAGUUACCGGCUGCCUGAUCGUGUGCAUCGACCGCGCCACUCGUCUUGUCAAGUCUCAACAGGGUGCAGGAAAAGAAUAUGUCUGCGUUAUCCGCCUUCACGAUAAGCUUCCUGGAGGAGAAGCCCAAUUUGCGCGUGCUCUCGAGACCCUCACUGGUGCUUUGUUCCAGCGACCGCCGCUCAUCUCCGCCGUCAAGCGUCAAUUGCGAAUCCGAACCAUCCAUGAGAGCAAGCUGUACGAAUUUGAUAAUGAGAGGCAGUUGGGUGUGUUCUGGGUUAGCUGCGAAGCAGGCACAUACAUCCGUACCCUGUGCGUGCACCUUGGUCUGUUGCUUGGCGUGGGCGCGCACAUGCAGGAGCUUCGACGAGUGAGGAGUGGUGCGAUGGAUGAGACCAAAGGCAUGGUGACGCUUCACGAUGUUCUGGAUGCACAGUGGAUGCAGGACAAUAACCGGGACGAAUCCUACCUCCGCCACGUCAUUUCACCACUGGAGACCCUUUUGACGAGUUACAAGCGGAUUGUUGUCAAGGACAGCUCCGUCAACGCGAUUUGCUAUGGUGCGAAGCUCAUGCUUCCCGGUCUCCUUCGCUUCGAAAAGGGUAUAGAAGUGCACGAGGAGGUCGUUCUCAUGACGACGAAAGGAGAGGCUAUUGCUUUGGCAUAUGCACAAAUGUCGGCAGUCGAGAUGUCAUCAUGCGAUCAUGGUGUUGUUGCGCGUAUCAAGCGUGUUAUUAUGGAGCGCGACCUGUACCCGAGGCGAUGGGGUUUGGGCCCAGUCGCGACAGAAAAGAAGAAGAUGAAGGAGUCCGGAACCCUCGAUAAAUUCGGCCGGCCAAACGAGAGGACCCCCGCUCAGUGGACCACGGGAUACAAGGACUUCACCGAGCCUGCUGCUGUUCCAGGUGCGGUCGCAGAAACAACCGCGGCUCCCGAAGUUCUUGCGGCCCCACCAAUCCCACCAACCGGUAUCACUGCGGAAGAGGCCACCAAGAGUAAGAAACGGAAGCACGAAGAUGGAACUGCCGAGGAGAAAGCCGAGCGAAAGCGAAAGAAGAAGGAGAAGAAGGCCGAGAAAGCUGCGAAGAAGACUGCGAAAGGCAAGGCCGACGAUUCCGACUCCGAUUGAAGUGCCUCAGCUGUCGAAGGUUGAUGUGUUUGAGUUGCAAACGGCGCUUUCGAACGGUUGUAUUUGCGUCACCGUGCAUAACUAGCACGUGUACAGCUUGCGGACGCCUAUGUCCCCAUAUUGUUGCCCUUCCCUUGUAGCAUCGACAGCGUGGCGGGAUCAGGAGUUUUGGAAAGGCACGGGGAGUUCGGAGCCUCUCGAAUUUUGUUGCGAGUUAAAAAUUCUUACUGACCGGAGGUCACGACGGCUACCAGGAUGAGGAAUCUCCCGCCGGAGGUGUGAGGCUGCACACGACCAGGUGUUGCAGCGACAUAGCUGUUUCGACACAUCGCGGUGUACCUUCUCGAAUCUGAAGCUGCAACUGUUAAAAAUGAGCAGAUAGUGAAUGUGCAAAAGGAUCGAGGUC